AUGCACCGAGUGAGAAUGCUCAAGCAUUUUGGCGUCACACCUUACCUGGUCUUUGACGGCGACUUCCUUCCCAGCAAAGCUGCCACCGAAGGAUCUCGCGCCAAACGCCGCGAGGAUAGCAAGAAGUCGGCUAUGGAGCUCCUCAAGGCCGGCAAGUCGUCGCAAGCAGCCCUUGAGUUUCAAAAGGCCAUCGAUGUCACACCAGAGAUGGCUCGCAAUCUCAUUGACGAAUUGAAGAAGAUGGACCUCCCGUACGUCGUUGCACCGUACGAAGCUGACGCCCAGCUCGUCUACCUCGAACGACAAGGCCUCAUUGCCGGCAUCCUCUCGGAGGACUCCGAUCUCUUGGUCUUCGGAUGCAAGCGCCUUUUGACCAAGCUUGAUCAGUACGGAAACUGCAUCGAGAUCAACCGGAGGGACUUUUGUGCCGUUCGGGAAGUUUCCCUGACGGGAUGGACCGACACCGACUUCCGCCGCAUGGCCAUUUUCAGCGGCUGCGACUACCUUGAGGGCAUCAACAACAUGGGCCUCAAGACGGCGUACCGGAUGAUGCGCAAGUACAAAACCCCUGAACGUUUGGUCCGGAUGAUCCAAUUCGAGGGGAAGCAUCGCGUUUCGGAGAACUACAUGUCGCGGUUUGCCCAGGCGGAGCUUACCUUCCUCCACCAGAGAGUCUACUGUCCGAAGAAGAAGCAGUUGGUCUGCUUGACGGAACCUGAAGAGGACAAGGGUGUCGAGGACAUGCCGUUCAUUGGCGGUUAUGUCGAGCCUGACUUGGCCACUGCCAUUGCAGUUGGAGACGUCAACCCCAUUACCAAAGAGACCAUUAUCCCUGCACCUAUGCCUGGCUCAAAGACCGAUGCCAAAAGGAGACACUCUCAGUCCGCAGAGGCUAUUGCGGCUGCCUCUUCAGCCUCGACUCGUACGAGAGCCCCCAUAAAGCCGAUUGACUCGUACUUCAAGGGUCAUCAGCGCAUCCCAAUGGGCGAAAUGGAUCGCAACUGCUUCUCGGUCGACCCGGAAAGGGUUGCUGCCCUCACCCACAACGGCCUUGUCCCUCGCGUCUUCCCGUUGCCUAGACCUUAUCUCCAGGGGACGUCAUCAUCACAACCAGCAGCUAGCCCCCGGCCAACACGAACCGUCCGCUCUAUUACUUCUCCUCGCCUAACACGACGACGGACCGAACCCAUCCAGAAUCUCCUGGAACCGAAUGCCCUUGGAAGCUCUGGCGAGUCCCGCCGAGUCACGAUUGGCGACGCAGCAAAUACCCUAGACGAUAUCGAUACCCUAAUGAGAAGCAGCUCCCAACGACCGCCCAAGAAGGUUCGUCUCUGCGCGGACACCGACACUACCGAAACCAAGCCUGAGGAAUCCCAAAAGAGCAAGUUCUUCCCCCAAAGCGGAAGCGACGCCAACAAGAGCAAGAAGGACAGCUUCCUGUUCUCAGAUGACUCUAUUGAUGAGGCACUACUCAAUCUGCCAGAUACUGACGGAUGGCGUGCCCCGAAGCCGAAGUCGAUCGCCGUCUUUGAAGAGAGCCAGAGCACAGAUACGGGCACGGAGGCGACUACAGCCACGGACAGCCAAUUCAGCAAAGACGAGGAGAUAGCAACAACGCCACAGACUGAUCUGUCCGAGACCGAGGGCACCGAGCCAAACAAGCCUACCUCAUCGUUGCCCGAGAAGACGUCCAGACGCACGUCUUUGCAGCGAUUCGCUCUCAACUCUCAGCCAAGUCCUGCCUCUUCCAGUCAGCCUGAUACGCCGUCCACCACCGUCUCCCAGCACUCAUCCAUCUUCACGCCUUCAAGCGGCGCUCCCUCUACUGCACCAUCGUCGAUCACAUUCUCUGCUGGCUCGUUCGCAGCUGGCACCUCUUCCAAGGCCACCCCGCUUCUCACCCCGCUCCAGCGCAUGGGAUGCCGUGCUCUCCAACGCAAGAACGCGUCUACUCGCCGGCCCCUGUCUCCCACUAAGGGUUCGAUCCAGCGGAGUCCGAAGCGCAGUCCCCGGAAGAGCCGGCUCCUCAAGUCGAUGCCCGUCAACCCCUCAUUCGUACCCCUGCCCAAGGUUAAUCUGGCCGAGGUUGAGGCGCUGAACGCACCAUGCGGAAGCGAAGAUCAGAUCAUCCCCGAUAGCGACGGCGAGAAUGAAGAUGAUGUCUUUUCAGGGGGGCUUGGCGCCAUGGACGAGGACUCGCGACCCAAAGCUUUGAACCUAUCCCGGUUCGUGUAUAACUGA